UUAUGCAUUGUGGGUAAUGUAGUACCUCACUUACAUUUUUAAUAACGAUUAAAUUAGUAUUUUAAAGAAACUAAAAACAAGUUGGAAACUGACUUAUACAUUAGGGUAUCCUGUUGUUUAACAAUUUCGUAGUUCACGGCGAUUCACUAUUUAUAAUUUUGGCAUAUAAUGGUGUUUGUAGUUCCGAAACCUAAUUGUUCAGCUCCAGCGGGAACAAGGAAGGGGGAAGUUUUUAGAGUAGGGGGGACUUUAACUACCUGUGGCUCCAAAUGAACGUAUCUUCUAAUUCAGGUUUAUUUUUAUAUUUGAUUUAGAGUUAUACUUGUUUAGAGUUUUGUAUACAGAACACGAAAAUGGGAGAUAUUCAUGACGGGACACCGGUUUCUGCCUUCGAGAAAGACCCACUGGAGCUUGGAGUUGAAGAUGUUUAUGACAUUUCAUAUGUCAUUGGCAAAGACUUAUUAAAAAUAAACAGUGGCGGUCAUGAUGUCUCAGAUUUACAAUUCAAAAUUGUCCGAGUGUUAGAAAUGUUUGAAAUAAUGGUGAGCAAGUAUAACCUGUCACUGGAGGAGCUCAGAAUGGAGAGAGACAACCUGAAAGGGGAACUGGACCGAGUUGUCGCAGGGUCACAUGAAAACAGUAACAAUAUAAUUGGGCCUGACAAGCUGGUAGUAGAUUUGAAGGACCCAAACCGACCACGAUUCACAAUGCAGGAGUUAAAGGAGGUCCUACAGGAGAGGAACCAUCUUAAAGCACAGUUACUGGUGGCCCAAGAAGAGCUUCAACUCUAUCAAAGUGGUGUUUUACCUCAAACAGAAAGAAAUAUGGUUGAAGUAGAUCUGAGGACUCCUUCCUCAGUCGACCCCAUGCAAGAUGUUCCUAGAAAGGAGAACAAAGAACAACACAAAGACGAGAGGUCUACUAUUCAAAAACUGUUCUCAUUUAGAAGAAAAUGACAGCAGUACCUAACCUGCCUUUGGAGACCAGAAGCAUGUUUUUAAAGGACUGUAACAGCUUCUGUAUACUCAGCCUCAUAGUGUCCUAAUCAAAUGUACUUUUGAAAAAUCUUUGUUAAUAUGGCAAGAAUUUCUCAUUUUAAAUGCAGUUUGUUUAUCUAACAAUCUAUUUACUUUUAAAAUGAUACAUUUUUACUACAAGAAUCUUCAAUCUUCUAAAAGAAGCUUACUAUUCAUUUUGUUGAUUGACGAUUUAACAAAUUAUGUUGAAUAUAAUUAAAAAUAGGAAUAAAAAUACAUCCACAAAGGACACUAAAGAACAAUUACUUGUUUGUACAGUCUUUGUCUAAUUGAAAUUAACUCAGUCUUUGUUCAUUUUGUUCUCUUGAAAUUGAAGGAUUUUUUUCUACUUAUGAUUUAGUAACAAAAGUCACUGUUAUAAUUAAAAAAAAGAUAUAAUUAAAAUAAAAAAACAUUUUUCUUUUAA